UGUGCUGCUCAGACAGAGGCGCUCCAGGCAAGUCUUUCCACAGACAGUCUGGUGUCAGGGCUCGUCCACCUGUUCUGCUCACACAUCAAGAGCUUCUGUGUGGAGAAGAAAAUGAAACUUGAAGUCUUCUCUGCACAUCACUUUGCUCAGAAGCCACUGGAGUUGUGCGUGGACACAAACGCGGGAAUCCCGUCUCCUCUAUCCGGAGACGAACUGGGGUCAGACGGAGACUGCGUGGCCAACAGCCCGCCACCUGCUGCGAAUCAGGGCGGCGACCUGAGCAAAGGGAAACCUUACACCCGCAGACCAAAGCCUCCGUACUCCUACAUCGCCCUCAUCGCAAUGGCUAUCCGGGAGUCCAGCAAAGGCCGUCUCACCCUGGCAGAGAUCAAUGACUACCUAAUGAAGAAGUUUCCCUUUUUCCGCGGCACCUACACGGGCUGGAGGAACUCCGUGCGACACAACCUGUCACUCAACGACUGCUUCCUCAAAGUGUUGCGGGACCCGUCCAGACCUUGGGGCAAGGACAACUACUGGAUGCUGAACCCCCACAGUGAGUACACCUUCGCUGAUGGGGUGUUCCGCCGCAGGAGGAAGCGUAUCGCCAAGAGGUCCCCUAAGGAGGAGAACCAGGACAUCACCGGCAAAGACACGCAUCUUCCCGCCCAGGAGGAGAGGGUGGGGGCUAAGUUCUCCAGCUCCUUCGCUAUCGACAGCAUCCUCGGCAAACCCUUCAGACGGCGGGAAGACGACUACACGAAUCCACAAGCACGUGGACUGUUCUGGCCCGGAGGGGCUCACGUGCUGCCCUAUGCUAUGAACUAUCCGCUGCAUCACAGCUACCUGUCAGAGUCCGGCAGUGAUGACGUCACAAAUCUGCAUCACAAAGCACCCGCAGUGGCCAGACCCGAGGCCGCUUCCCACGCGCUUAAGACGCCCCCAAAGGCGAGCUGUUUCCAUAUAGACUACCUGCUGUCAUAAGACACACAGAGUGGCCAAAUGUUAACACAAAAUAAAUGCUUGCUUUUCAGGGCUUCACUUCCUGAAACUCUUUCACGUCAAAACUACUGCACUCAUCCCACAGUCGAAACAAAGAACGUGUUGUCAUUGUGCUGAUUAUUACGUUUAUCCCACCCAGGACAUUUCACUGACGUAAAGGUGUGUUACAAGUGUUCGUCGUUUCUGCUGUUGACGGUGACAAAGGGCCGUGUUGAAACAUAAAACAAUGUAUUUAUAUGUCCGUGGCUUGUAUAAAAUGCUGUAUAGGAUAUUGUAAGAUAAUGUAAACAAAUUCAUGGAAUGACUGAGCUACAUGGGAAUGACGUAGCUGCAUUAGAAAAGCCAGAGGUUUUUCCAAUGUUUGACUCACGCAUGCCUGGUAGCUUUCUGAAUAA